GAGAGAGGAGGCGGAUCCCUUUAAAAUGGCAAGCAGCUAUGAUCAGGAUGCCUGCGUUCUCUGUCAGCGGGUGGUGUAGCCUCCAGACUGCGUGGGCGCCGUUGAAAAGUUUCUUAUAAAAGCGGUGAUUCCGGGAGUCUCGUAUUACGCGCGUCCCCUCCCUCUGUAAUAAUUGUUUCUUACUACGGUUCCUUCCACCUACUCUUGUUUCGCCUUCGUAGUAUUUCUUCGAAAAGCUCCCGUCACUAAAGGAAAUCUGGUCUAUGGUUUUGGCUGAAGAAGGUUCCACGAUGUCUCGGACUGACGAAGUACACCGUAUAACGGAGAAUGUCUAUAAGUCCAUUAUGGAGCAGUUCAACCCGUGCUUGCGGAACUUCGUGGCCAUGGGGAAGAGUUACGAGAAGGCCCUAUCCAGUGUCACAUUUGCUGCAAAGGGCUACUUCGAGGCACUGGUGAGGAUGGGAGAGAUGGCCAGCGAAAGUCAAGGCUCUAAGGAUCUUGAAGAGGCAGCAUGGGACGUACUGUUUCAGAUGGCUGAGGUCCACAGGCAGAUCCAGAUGCAGCUUGAAGAUAUGCUGAAGUCGUUCCACAAUGAGCUUCUAACCGAGCUGGAGAAGAAGGUGGAGCUGGAUGCACGCUACCUGAAUGCGGCUCUGAAGAAGUACCAGAUGGAGCACAAGAGUAAAGGAGAGAGUCUGGAGAAGUGUCAGGCAGAACUGAAGAAACUCCGCAGGAAGAGCCAGGGCAGCAAGAACCCCUCCAAGUACGGCGACAAGGAGAUGCAGUUCGUUGAGACCAUUGGCAGCAAGCAGAGUGACCUGGACCAGUACACAGCAGAGGGCUACAAGAGUGCGCUGUCAGAGGAGAGGAGGAGGUACUGUUUCCUGGUGGACAGACAGUGUGCCGUGGCCAAGAACAGCAGCUCCUUCCAUAGCAAGGGUAAGGACCUGCUAGCCCAGAAGAUCCCAGCAUGGCAGCAGGCGUGUGCUGACCCUACCAAGCUGCCUGACCGUGCCAUGCUCCUGGCUCAGCAGAUGACCUCUACAGGGGGUACCCUGGGGUCCGUCUCCCACACCCACCAUGGUUCCAAGGGCAACCUGCUCAUCUCUGACCCCAUUCCCGGGGCCAAACCCCUGCCAGUACCCCCCGAGCUAGCUGCCCUCAUGGGCCAACAGCGUAUAAUGGGACCAGGAGGAGUGGACGGAGGGAUGCCCAUGAUGAAUGGAACGACAGGGGCCCACGGAGGUGCAGGAGGUGCAGGAGGGGGAGGAGGGGAGGACUACCAACACUGGAUGGAAGGGAAGAUGGCUCAGGCUCAGGCCCAGGCUCAGGCCCAAGCUCAGGCCCAAGCUCAGGCCCAGGCUCAGGCCCAAGCUCAGGCCCAGGCCUCCUCCCAGCACCUUUCCCAGCCCCACAGACAGGGCAGUGAGGUCUACUCCAACACCCUGCCUGUCCGUAAGAACGCCCCAGCCAAGAGCAACACCACCAUGGUUCCAGAGACUCGGACCCUGCCCCGGUCUAGCUCCAUGGCUGCAGGGCUGGAGAAGAACGGACGUACCCGUGUCCAGGCCGUUUUCUCCCAUGCAGCGGGGGACAACAGCACCUUGCUCAGCUUCUCUGAGGGAGAUGUCAUCACUCUGUUGGUCCCAGAGGCCCGCGACGGAUGGCACUAUGGAGAGAACGAAAAGAACAACAUGCGUGGCUGGUUCCCUUUCUCCUACACACGUGUCAUCCCCGUGACUGACGGGAACAAACUACGAGUCAACAAUCUCCACCAUGGUAAGAGCAGCAGCACGGGGAACCUGUUGGAGAGAGAGGACAUGGCAGGUGUCCCUCCACCAGACUACGGCAUGUCAUCUCGCCUGCUGGCACAGAGCAUGCAGAGCGCAGCCAUGGCAAACAGCAGCAGACGGCAACAACGGCCAUAUAGCGUGGCAGGGCCGGGCUUCUCACAGCAAGGACUUGAACAGUAUGAGCAACGUUUUCCAACGAGUUCCGAAGGGGGAACAGUUCCGAAAUUGAUUUCAACAGUGUGAGAAGGGACAGACAGACACAGACUCGGCUUGCUGCUGCUGCAAUAAGACUGACUUACUGACUGCCAGGCACCUCUGCAAUCCCUCAUCAUCUGCCCUCCUCACCAGUCACUCUAACCCUCACCCCUCCCCUCCUCUCUCUAACCCACCACAACACUCCUCCGGCGCUUACCAGUCUAUCCUCUCCACCCCCCCAAUUCCACCAAGGGAAAGACUUGUCUAUCCUCCUUUCCUUCCUGCCUCUCUCACCUGGCACUUUCACACUACUGGGAAGUUCCCAGGCCAAGCACUGGUGGAACCAGUACCCACCGCUAAUGGACUGACACCAUACUGACACCAUCCUGACACCAGGACUGACACCAUCCAAAUCAUUGGAAUGAUGGACUUUGUCUGAGGAUGAAAAUUAGGAUAAUCUUUUGCUUGUCUUUCAUGCAUGUAUAUGUCUUUUCUAUUAAAUGGGGAUUUAUUCCUCUGUAAACAUAUAUAAUAAAAUAUUUAAAAUUAUUUAAAAUAAAAUCUUUAACAUUCUACACCAGGUUGAAGGAUUUAUAUUAUCAUUGUAAAUCAAAAUGGUAAUCCGAAGGGGACUGUUUUAGUCAUGUAAAGAUGAUAAUGAUUGAUCAAAAAAAUGUCAAGUUAAAACUAUACUGGGUCUUCUUAUCCGUCAGACAAUAACUUUACUUUAUAGACUGUGAGGUUCUUCUGAUGUCUAACGUUCCUCUUCAAAUGAGAGGCGUAUGUAUCACAUGUAGUGAAAUAACUUAAAUGUAAAUGUUAUUUUUUUUUCCCUUCUCAUUAUUAUAACUCAUUGGGGGGCAUCCGCCCAAUGAAAUGGAUGACCAUGAAUGUGUACUGUACAUUAAUGUACCAUAAAGUAAAAUAUAUGAUUUAUUAUAUCUAUUGAUUAUCAGUUGAUCAAAACGCACCUUAAAGACCCAAUACUCUGUAUUAUUUGUGCCAUUCUCUGUAAACAUGUAUUAUUGUGUUUAUUAUUAGCCACAAAGUCAUGUUUUAUGAUGUCAGAUGUGUUACCCGACAGGCAGUGUGAAAUACUUUUACUCUGAUAAUCAAAAGCUUGUGGAUUUCUGAAUACAUCUUUUUUGUCUUUUAAUAUAAAUAUACACAAGGCUGAACGGAGAAAACAACCCUCAUCCCUGAAAGAAAGAGUUGCGAGGCUCUGAGUAGGGUUACUGUUCAGGCAUUCAGGCAUGAAGAAACAGCUGAUAUCUGCACCUCGGCCACCCCACAACAAAGGUGCUACAUUUCAUGGUGUGGAAACCAUGUUGCCAAAGCAACAGCCUCUGUUCUCAUCCCCUCCAAUCAGUGCUGCCUGGAUGCCAUCUUUUAACAACAAAAACAUCAUUGUGACUACACCGUGCCUCUUGCUGUGCAUACAAUAGGAAGAUGAGUUGUGACUAACAUGAAUAAAUGUUUGCUAGCUAUAAACCAUUCAAUCUAACCGUUGUGCAAUUACCAUAUCACAGAAAUAAUAGGUCAUUCUGAUCUGCACAGUUAUAUACAGAAACGUUGGAGUGAAUGAAUGGGUGAGAUGCCCUUAAAGGAGUCAUCAGUCAUCCAUUUGCCAACAGCACAACUGCAAAUUAUGGCAAUAAUUGAAUUGGAUCAAUAGCCAUUUAGAGCGUUGUAAUAAAUAGCCUUUUGUCACAUGUACUGUAACUCUUGCUAUUGUGACACAUAUAUAUAUAUAUAUAUAUAUAUAUAUAUAUAUAUAUAUAUAUAUAUAUUGCAGUACAUAUGAAAUGACCAACUGUGCAACCUCGAAAAGGGAGAGGAGUUGAUUUGUUAUUGUGACUUCAUUCAGCCUUCUUGUACAUUUAGUCUUUGUAUUAAAAUAAAGGGAAUGGAAAAAAAGCAUGAUAUGUGAGGCAGGAUAAAACAUGUCUGUUAUUUCUAUGUGCUGAAUAAAGAAAGACGCUAGUCUGUCUGCUUGUCUAUAUGUUCGUCAA